AUGAUCACUGGCUCUCACUCUGACUGUGUUGCCAUAGACACAGCGGGUUUUAGAAGCACUUAUCAAACUUUUCCUGAACACUCUGUAUCUGUGUUCCAGGUGCUGGGCACAGUGUCGCUGCCUAGCGACCUGCCCUGUCUCUCCAUGGCGGCAUGGCUGAGCGCAGCAGAGCGCUGCAGGGUGACCGCCAUAGCCAGACUGCUCAACCAGCUGCCGAGCGAGUCCUCUGCUGUGAUCACCUCCGCUGACACCGUGCUGACUGAGCUGUUCAGCCACAGAGGUUCUAGUACACGUUUUAAAAAUGGAGACCCCAUACAUCGGUACAGCUCACUGGAUGAGAUUGAUGUGGAGCGUCUUCUGGCUCUUAUCAACAAGUCGUUUGAUGCAACUCUGAAGCCAGACUACAUUGACUCUCUGAAAGGACGGCUGCACUACAUCUACCUCUCUGAAAGCUACAGCGCAGCAGCCAUUAUCACCAUGGAACCAGUGAACAAUGGCACUGCUUACCUUGACAAGUUAGUGGUGAGCAGCAGUAAACAGGGUCAGGGCACUGGUCACAUCCUGUGGGAGUGUAUCAGACAGGACCUGGACAAACUGUUCUGGAGGUCCAAAACCACAAACAGGAUCAAGCCUUG